ACCGAAGUAAACAAAGAGGCUCAAAGGAGAGUUGGCAUCAACCCGUCUGGGUAUUACUUGCUGAAUGUUCUUGCGUAGACAAACUCGUCCGGACCAGCGGCUGACUGCAGUGGGAAAGCGUCUCUGAAGCGAAUGAAGAAACUCCUAAUCUUUCACUUCACUUACAGAGGACUUCGUACGAAAGGAAAAAAGAGUAAACGGAGAAAAUGGAGUAUAAUUUGCGAAAGGCUGAACCAAAGGACGUGCCUGAUAUAUUACGACUGGUGAAGGAACUUGCCAAGUAUGAAGAAAUGGAGCACCAGGUGACGCUGACUGAACAAGAGCUCCUGGAGGAUGGAUUUGGUGACACGCCGUUCUACCACUGCAUCAUUGCUGAAAUCCCAGGAGGGGGCGCCAGCCAAGAUUCCAAAGUGGUGGGCUUCGCCAUGUACUACUUCACGUAUGACCCCUGGGUAGGCAAGCAGCUCUACAUGGAGGAGUUCUAUGUGAUGGACGACUUUCGAGGCCUCGGCAUCGGCUCGGAGAUCCUGCGACGGCUCAGCGACGUGAGUGAGCGUAUGAAUGCUACAAGAUGGUGGUCACAUCACUGCUUUUGUCGAAAUGAAGCUCCUCAACUUACUUCGACAUAGUUUACUGGCACCAAGAGUUGAAUCACGAAUAGGCAUGGUUCAUUGUAAUGACUUGGCUUUCUACCACAGUAAUUUUUGACCUGCUUAAAUGUUUAUGACCCCACCCUCCCUCC